AUGGCCUCGGCUGAUGGACGUCCGUUCGCAAGACGUCCAUUCCGAGCAAGGGAUGCUCGAUGGAAUUAUCCGCCGACUUAUCCAGACGAGCCCGUUUCUCAGGCAAGUGGGCCUACUCCCCAUGCAUCAGAUUACAAUACAGCAUUCACUGGCUCCCAUUUGACAAGUGGAUCAAUGGCCGACACUAAGGCACUUAAAUCCGGAGACAGCGACACGGAAGUUGCCAGUGCUCCGAUGCUCCGACUGACGCAUCGUGCAAAUCUAGCUGGUCGUCCAGCGGCCGCGAAAGUGCGAAGGGCAUCUCCAGUUUCAGGAAGGACGGGAUGA